UUCACAGAUGGUGAUGGAGGAAAUGCGGAUGCGCUAGAUUCUUGCGAUUCGUCCUUCUCCGAGAUAUCACAAACUCUGUCGUUUAGUCACGUUGGAGCUCAGAUAGACGGCGUCGAGGAUUGUCUUUAAAAUUUGCACUCUUUUAUAUUUCAAAAGGAUUGAUUUCUUCUUUGUUUUGUGUGCUGUUGUGUGUGAUCCAUCAUGGCUGUGGUCAUCCGAUUACAGGGACUUAGAGUCACUGCUGGUUCUGAGGACAUUCGCAAUUUCUUCACUGGGCUCAGAAUCCCUGAUGGUGGGGUUCAUAUAAUUGGUGGGGAGCUUGAGGAGGCUUUUAUAAUAUUUGCAUCUGAUGACGAUGCAAGACGAGCGAUGGCGCGCUCAGGGGGCUGCAUUAAGGGGUCUCCCGUCAACUUGCUUCUAAGUAGCAAGUCAGAAAUGCAGAGUGUUCUGGAGGAAAGCACCAGAAGAACAGAGUUAAAAAAUAGGGUCAUGUACAAGGAGCCUGUGAAAAGAGCUUCUGUGGAACAAGGUCCUCUGCCAUUCAGUAAAGACGCCAGACCAGAUGUACGAAGGCCAGAUCAUCCAGAGAUGAGGGGUAGGCCAGCUCCGUCUACAUUCAACGAGGCACGACGCCAGAGAGAGGGAGAUGCACCAGAGAGAACCGAGGUUUAUCUGAAAUUAACAGGGAUGCCAUUUUCUGCAACAAAGGACAACGUCCAUAGCUUUUUUGCUGGGUUAAAAGUUGAUGAUAUUUUGUUUUUGAAAAACCCCAGAGGAAUGUUCAGUGGAAACAGUAUGGUGCGCUUCACUACCAAAGAGGAUGCAAUUGAAGGUAUGAAGAGAGAUCGACAAUACAUGGGACCACGGUACAUACAAAUAACAAGAUGCACUGAAGAGGAGUGGCUGAAAGAAGGAGGUCUCAUCAUUGCACCGGAUAUUCGGAAAAGACCACCGGUAGAGCGAGCGAGAUCUCGAUCUCCCAUUUCCUACAGGUCAAGAUCACGAUCACCUUCCCACGAGGAGUACUGCAUCAUGUUUGAGAACUUGCCUCCUUUGGUUGAAAAGAGAGAUGUGAGGGUGUUUCUUCAGCCGGUUGCUUUGAAGGAUGAUCAGAUAAUUAUCUUCUCCUCAAAAAAGGACGAUAAGUCCAAAUCAGCUGUAGUGGUGUUUAGAAAUCUCACAGACUAUUGUGCUGGCUUGGCUCAUAAUAAGGAAAUGAUGUAUAACAAGGUAGUGUAUGUGUCACCCAUCUCUAAGGAGAAAAUGGUCACCUUGUUGGAGUCAUCGAUUGAUGCGAGAGGUGAGGAAAAAGGGUCAAGGCGUUCAGCUGAAGCCUCACAGUCUCAGCGAAACACUCCUGACUCGCAGUUGAGGUGUCUUUAUGUACGCAACCUCCCAUUUGAUGUUCGUAAGGUGGAGAUCAUGGACUUCUUUCAUGGAUUUGCACUCACAGAGGAUAGGGUCAUCUUAUUGCGGGAUGAAAGAGGAGCUGGGCUCGGUGAGGCUUUGGUGAUUUUCCAAACUGAGAAGGAGGCCAUGACGGGACAGUCCCUAAACGGACAGAGGUUUCUUGGAUCUGAAGUAAUGCUGAAGUGCAUAACGAUGUCCCAGAUGGCCCAGUUUGGUGUGAAUGACCAACCGAUGGUUAGCCCGCAAGAAAGGAACUUUCAGGAUAGGAACUUUCAAGAAAGGAAUUUUCAGGAUAGGAACUUUCAAGAAAGGAAUUUUCAGGAAAGGAACUUUCAAGAACGAAACUUUCAGGAACGGAAUUUUGAAGAAAGAAAUUUUCAGAGAAACGAAGCUUUCAACGAUGGUCCUGGUUUCAUGAACAACCAGAUGCCCCAAGGUGAUUUUGAGAUGCCGCCUAAUAUGCACCAAGGUUAUGGAGGUCACGAACACUUUGAGCCUAAUUUUGGCGGCAAUAAUGCAUUUGGGCCGGGUCCUGAUGGUAAUGGUCGUCAACAUUACGAACCUCCUGACCAGCAAUUUGACACUCCAACCUGUGUUAAGUUGGCCAAUCUGCCCUCACAGAUAAGGAUUGAAGAGAUCUAUGACUUCUGCUAUGGGUACAGAGUGAUUCCAGGAUCUGCCUCGUUGCUGUUUGAUAGAAAUGGAGCUCCAAAACGUUCAGCAACUAUAGCGUUUGAAAACCACAGAGAGGCGCUCGUUGCUGUUCGAGAAUUAAACGGACGGCCAAUUGGCACCAGAAAAAUUCAGGUUUUUAUUUUGUAGAUAUGCUUUUGGGCAACAUUGUUGAAACUGGUGUUUUUCUAUUUUUUUUUCUUUUAAAAGUUGGAUAUGGUUUCCAUUGAUUUGUUAAGUGAAGAUGUUUUCUCUCAUUUGCUUGUUUUCCACAAAACUGCAGAUGAAAAACUGCUUUCAUUUAGAUUCAUACCUUGAAUAGCUUGAUUUUGAUAAAACUGCAUUUGAAUGCAUGCCAGUGACAGUAUCUAGGCUCAGUAUUACGUGUGCCGUUGAUCGUUUUUCUCCUCAGAGUAAUGAACUCCAUGGAUUUUACAGUACAUAGGUGUUAAUUUUUCUAUAAAAUUGAUUUAAAAUGACCAUCUUAACAUUGUGAGGUUGUAAAAAUUUUCAUACAUCCAUAAAUAUUGUCACUUCAUAAUUGAUGCAAUUAAAGGCUGCAGUUUGUUCUUCUGACUUCUUUCGUUGGGAUUUUUUUCUUUUAUUUCUUGUAUUGUUCACAGAGAGUUUCUUUUGCCUGGUUGCUUAAAAACACAAACUUUGGAAAUAAUUAUCAUUCAUUACCAAUCAGUCAUAAAUCCGUUUGAAAAGAGAUAAUGAAAACAAUACCAAUGUUAUCGUCUGUCUAAACUGUCUAUACUGUCUAUACAAAACACAACAUCGUGAAAAAUGAUAUCAUGUGUGUUAGUAUUUUGUUAGCCUAAAGCAGUGGUUCUCAAUCUAGUCCUCACGCCUCAUUACUCACGAACUGUGACAUAUCUCUGUGAGUAAAAGCAAUAAAAAUUUACACAUUGCACACUAAUAUGACUUUUGAAUUAAAUGCAUUUCCUCUCUUCAAACAGGAAUCAUGGCAGAAUGUCUUGUGGAGGCUUCCCUGGGCGGUUUUUGCCGAAUUAAACACGUUUCUUUGAAAAUGCUUAAGAAGUAACCUUUAAGUUUUUGUGUAUUUUUAUCCUGUAAAUUUACCUUAAACUUCUAAGACUAUUGAAGCACACUGUCAGUUAUGUUACUUUGAAGGACAGUUCACCUGCAAAUUAUAAGUGGUAUCACUUCGUUGGCCACUUUUGCCGAACUUUUUGUUUUGAACAAGAUAUUUUGAAGAUGUAUUUUUUUUAUAAAUGGAUGUCUGUGAAUACUGGUUUCCAACAUUCUUCAACAACAACAAAAAUCACUUGAAUUUUUCUCUUCAGUUUCUUUUGUUUAAACUUUAAUGUCACUUAAUGUUGAUUUCAAGCGAUUCUUAACACCGUUAAUUUUUGUUUCAGGUGUUCUUGGUAAGGGUUGGAGCGAAACCAGAAACGGUUCAGCAGAUGUAACUCAGUAUGAAUCAGAAUCAUCUUUGCUGCAGCCAUUUUAGAUUCAAUAAUCCAUAUAUCCUUUAGUUUUGCAUUUACUAGUAUGUAUUUUAUCACACUUUUUGUUAAGUUGGGGUGAAGUUAGGGAACAUGUUCAGUUUCUCUGAAUGUAGGUAUUGUAAGACUUGAGAUACCACAAAUACUUUGAUGUCUUUGACAAUUCAAAUAUGAGCUGAAAACACAGAGACAAUAGGCUCAACAACCCACCAAAUGGGUAUGCGGGAAAACCAGCUCCCCUCCUUUCCUUCAUUUACAUUUGAAACAUCUCCGGAAACACCCCUUGGUCACUCAGCCCCUUUUCACUCCUCACACAGAGCGGUCAUUUCAAAAUAUGAAUGUUCUAAAUUAAUCCAAGUCACUUUAUCUAUCAUGCUUGAUAAUACUUGAAAUGACUCAGUGCGACUGGUACAAUGGUCUCAUUCCCUCAGAAAUAGACAUCAUUAAAACAAUAGAUAUAUAACUUGAGGUAUCUGUUGAACCACUGCGAAGGGUGUGCCUUUCCUAUAGGCAGAAACUCUUCCAUUAAAUGUAAAUGCCUUUUGUUAUUCGACACACCUUUUUCCUCAAGGCGAUUCUUGGAUUGACUACUUAAGGUAAAGUUUCUAAAUUUUCGGGGCGAUUCUGUUACCCAGAUCAGCCCAUAGCGUGGAACUUCAUGUUCCAUGUUAUGUAUAUUUUGAAGUCACAUAUUCAUAUUUUUAUUUUGUCUCAUAAUUCUAUUUGAUGAUACAAUACAUCAAUAAUUAUGAAGAGUUGUAUCAUUUGUUUUACGUUUACUUUAAAGUAUAAUUGUUUAACAUUAAAUAUAUUUGACUUAGUUGAAUAAUAUUUUAUUAUAUAAAAUAAUGACACUUGAAAAUAAUGACAUUAAGAUUUUUUUCAUUGAGGCUAUUUUAAUUCAAAAAACAAUUUUGCAUAUAAAUGUGAUGGCUGUACUGCUUCAUGUUAACUGGAGGUGAUGUGGCUAGCAUGAUUUUCUUAGGAGGUUACAGACUGUGGCUAACAAAAACCAGGUAUAAGAGUGAUAUUGCUGUCAUCAUUUAUCAAAAAAAUUCAAAGAAAAAAAAUAAAGCAGGACAUAAUACCUGUUGCUCUAUUUUCACACGUGAACUGACGCAUUUGAUGCAAACAAUAUUCACUUUGUUGCACAGAGCUAUUAAAAGACCUCGGUUCCCUGUCACAUGCAUGUUUUGGCCAUAUAUAUAUAUUUUUAGUUUUUUUUUAAUUUCAGGGUGUACUCUCACUAGGCUGGUCUGUAAAUGUCCCGACCUCCCCUGUGGCCCCCUGUGUACAUUUUUACUUUCUGAUUCCGAGCAGACUUGUGUCAUCGAUGCAACUAUUUUAAGUCAUUUAGGACAUCGUAAUACACAGCUGAAUAUUUUGCUGAACAGAUUCAUCACAUUUGACCCCAAAAAAAUUUCAUGAGUCAUCGUGCUUCAUGUAUUAGGAGGUUUGCUAAAGACGGUACUGAGACUAUGAUAGUCCCCCUUUAUUGAAAAGUAAGAAUAAGAAUAACCCAACUGAACUGCACACUGGCCAACCUCUUUCAACUGGACCAGCGCCAGCCAACCAAACACUAUUAUCAAACGGGGGUCAAAUGGGGUCAGGUGCAGCUGGAGAGGGGUCUGGAUGUAGACCUUGUGCAGUUGCAAGCUGAGCUGCAUGCAAUGCUUUUAAUGCCCACACCUAACCCCACCCCUCACAGUGACGUCACAAGCUCCACUGACUGCAUUGUGUCUGACAUUGCAAGUUUUAAAUAAGCAGUCUCAGCUUGCAAAUCCAAGUCUGCGUCCAGAUACUAUUGCACAGUUCAGAGAGUUUAGUGCACAGGUGUCAAAUCCAGUUUCUGCAGGGCCGCAACUCUGCACAGUUUAGCUUCAACCCUAAUUGAACAUACUUGACCAAACUAAUGGAGUCCUCCAGGCUUGUUUGAAACCUACAGGUAAGUGUGUUGAAGCAGGUUUGGAACUAAACUGUUCAGAGCUGCGGCCCUCCAGGAACUGGAUUUGACACCUGUGUGUGAGCACACCCUCAAAGUGAUGGCACCCACUGAUUUACAUUAUAUAGCAACCAUGGUUUCAACUAAAAAUCUUCUUUAAUGUUCUGCUCAAGAAUAAAGUCUCCUACGUCUUGGCUGGCCUGAGGGUGAGUAAAGUAACACAUUUUUAUUUUGAGUGGACUAUCCCUUUGGUGGUUCAUUCCGCUGUGGCGACCAUACCUGCCAACACUCCCGUUUUUCCCGGGAGUCUCCCGUAUUUCACACCCAUCUCCCAUUUUGUUCUGUCUCCCGGAAUGGUCUAACCCCCCCUCCCCCCAGGUUUUUGGUAUAGUCUAUAACACCUUAACAUUGGUGUAAUGUCCGAUUGCAGCGGACGGCAACCUGAAACCUUAACCACCUACCCGGUCUUCAGUUCCCCCCAACCCCAUCCCUUCACUUGCAAUGCAGAUCAUCAUUUCUGGACAGCUUUCUACUUACUGCUGUGGACAUGAAAGGUUCAGCAGACUUUUUGCUCUGAAUGAAUAGCUAUUAACAUGGUGUGAAGAACAAAAUCUGCUCUUUAUUAACAAUUGGAAUCUUUUCUGGGAUCGUCCUAGGCUUUCCCAUGCUGAUGGGCUGCACCACAGCAGUACUGGAGCUGAAUUCCUGUCGGACAACAUCUUCCGGAUGCUUUGACUAGGACACCUCCAAUGUGAAGCAGUGGACAGCUAAAGAUGUUGCUGGCUGUUAUUGCGAGACAUUAUUUAAAUUUGAUUGUUUGCAUCAAAAUGUAUAUUACAUUAUUAAUCAUAUUAUGUGAAUGUAAUUGUGAUGUAUAUUGAUUAAUAAAAGUGAUUAUUUAUGGAAAA